CGUCAACCUUUGCUUCGUACUAUUACUUACUACCAUUUUCCUCGGAGUGAUCUGCAGAUAUUAUCUCGUAGAAACCAAGAGAUUAAUAUGUCAACGCUUUCUAUCCAUAACGCCGCCCAGAGCAAUCAGCCCGGUCUGCUAAAAGCAUUGGUAACGGAAAAUCCCAAGUCUGUAAAUGCUCUUGAUGCGGAUGAUCGGACACCUUUACACUGGGCUGCAUCGUCCGGUUCUCUCGAGAUCACUCGAUACCUCAUCGAUAACAAGGCAGAUGUUGAUUUGCCGGAUAAUAGCGGAUGGACACCUCUGCACAUCGCUGCUAGCGCCGGUAAUGAAGAUGUCGUCUUGGAACUAGUGGGUGCUGGUGCGGACGUCAAUAGGAAAAACCACAAAGGCCUUACUCCGCUGUAAGCGUUCUUCAUUCCAACUUCAGCGGAUGCUUAUGAACCACUGGAAGACACUAUGCGGCAUCUAAAUCCCGCCUCGAAAUUGGCAAACUUCUGAUAUCGC